AUGUCAAAUGCUCAACCUUCAUCAACAAAUUCCUAUGUUACUGAUCGUUUUACUAAAAAAGAUGACAAAGAACAUCGUUAUGAACAAAUUUUUCCACCAUAUCAUCCAAAUAAACCAUAUGUGCUUCAUUUUGUUAAUUCAUUAAUAACUGAACAAGAAUUAAAACAUUUAUGUACCGUUAUAAAUAAUACAAUGGAUUUCAUAUUCGAUACGGAAUCUGAUUAUCACACUAAAAUGCCCGCACUUAUCCAAAUUUUAAUAGUACAGCCAGAUCCACAACCAUCUUUACUGUUACUUAUUGAAACAAAUCAUCUACCGAAUUCAUCAUCUUCACUUUUUCUUGGAAUUCAACAUUUAUUACAUGCUAUUACUCGCACCGGAACAUAUCUAUAUGCUUGGGGAUCCUUAUUGGAUGAACUUGAACGAUUUAAAAUCUAUCAGUUCUUUUCUAUGUCUAUUUCAUCGCAUAUAAUUAAUGUUCAACGUGUAUUUACAGGAUGGUUUAAUGAGUAUCUAAAUGAACAAUCUCGUAAUAAUAAUAAUAACACAACUGCUGAUGAUAAUUCGCUCGUUCUUAAAGCACCUGAAUUUGAUCCAGAAUUGUUUUUACCACCAGCAAUGAUAAAUCGUCUUAAAGUUAUGAAUAAUCAAUUAUGGAGUUUGCAGGACGCCAUUGCAUACCUCUUCUAUCAAUAUCUUUCAAAACGAGAUACAUUAAGAUCAUGGUCUAUUGAUUUAGAUAAAAGACUAUCAUCUUGUAACAAGAAUUUUUCAUUAAAUUAUCGACGACGUUUAAUCACCUACGCAUCAUUCGAUUGUUUAUCAUUAAUGAACAUUAUGUUAUUUAUGCAUGAGAAUUAUUUAUCAAAUUGCCCUGUUAAUGAUCAACCUAUUGAAUCUCUAGGAAAGUAUUUUUUUUAUUUAAGUUCAAAAUUUUCUUCUGUUUCUCCAGCACGUGUAAAAAGUCGACCGGUGGUUGAAAUACUACUAAGUGAUGAAAGUGAUGAUUCGAUGACUGUUCAUGAUUUAAAUGAACGUCAUCAGAUUCCUUUCGAAACUCCAGUUAACCAACAGCCUUCUACUAUUAUUCAUCAACAUCAUGAAAGCGACCAAAUUUAUAAUUUUAAUGUAACUUAUCAAGUAUCUGAUGAAUCACGUAGUUUUAAUCAACAUUAUCAUAUUACUGAAUAUUAUGAAAUAACUGAUUUAACUCCAUCAGAUACUCAAUGUUUAACAACUGCCCAAGCAUCAACUGAUCAUCAACUAUUCAAUGAAAUUAAUGUACAUGAUCAAAUCGACAACCAUUUUAACCCCAAUGACAAUCAUCAGGAUAUGGAACCAAAUCAUGAUCCUCAAGUUACUAAUCUUAAUAAUAAUGAUGUACCUCCAUUAAUUCAAACAAAAAGAAAAAGACGAUCAUCAGCCUCACAAAAACGAAGGAAUCAACGAUCCAGUUUACGUCACAGAAAAAAUCGAUAUAAUUUUGGGAUUAGUCGAACUGUCAACACCACCAUUACCAACGUGAAAAGAAUCUUACGUUCACAUGCCGUUCCAUAUCAAAACGUCAAUAUUGUUAAAUCAAAACUUUAUAUUGGCCUCAAAUCAAAAGAUCUGGAACAGUAUUUUGAACAGUUGUUGCCAUUAGAUAUUUUUUUGUAA